GUCACAGCAACGGAGUAUUGUCCUCCUUUGAGGACAUUAACAGGGAUGUUAAAAUGCCCAAACUUUUGUUUUCAAAGCUUCGGUUCUAUGAAAUUAAGGAUCUGAUGCAAAAUGUGAAGCGGCCCAGAAGAAUUGAUAUUGUUCUUAAUCGAAAGAGGCAUGAGAUGAACAUCCAGCGCCUCAUGGCACAAAAAAUAAAUGAUGAGACACAUUCUUCAAAACUCAGUUGGCACACUGACAAUAAACUCCACCCGACCCUGGAAAAAUUGCUACGGGAUAAAAAAUAUUUAGUAGCAUUCCGCACGUUCCUGCAGUCUGAGUUCAGUGAAGAAAACAUUGAGUUCUGGCUUGCAUGCGAAGACUUUAAGUUGAACACCUCGCCGGAUAACCUUCGCUGGAAAGCAAAGGAGAUCUACCAGGAGUUCAUCCAGCCUACAGCCUGUAGAGAGAUUAAUGUUGACCACUAUAUUAGAGAGAAGAUCAAGACGUCUUUGGAGAAGCCGAGUCUCUCAUGCUUCGAUGAGGCCCAGAAACAUGUUUACCUGCUGAUGGAAAGAGACUCUUGCCCCCGAUUUCUGCAAUCAGAUGCCUACCUGAGUCUGAAGCACAAAUCCAGGACUCUUUGGUACAUUUAGCUGAGAAACAAGGCCACUGUUGUCAACGCUGCUUUUUAAUUCUCUCUUUUUGUCUUUUUUUUUCCUAUUUAGCUGAAUUGAAAAGUUAUUUCACAAAUUCACACUGUAUGAGAGGUGAGAGGUGAAGACAACGUAUUGAUGAAAUGUGGUGGAA